ACCGCGCGUAUCCCAUAAGGACAUCCGUGGAAUCCACGCGGAAUCAAUGUGGAAUCGACGUGGAUGUAACGUAGAUAUCUUUGAGGGGUAGCGAGCAAGUUUUUAAAUUUGUUGGAGAAAAAGGUCGCGCAUUGAUAAGGAGAUCUCGGCGCGACUCGCUUCCACGUGCCCGCCAUGUGGCGACUCAUUCACGGGUGCCAUGCGCGUGACGUCCCCGCGCUGCAUAAUAUUUCGACGAAAGCGCGAUGUGUCAAAGUGCAUUGCGCGAGCGCGAAGUUGACGGCUUUGGAAUCUUCUGGAUUCUAGAUUCUAUUCCAACGCCCCACAGUGUUGCGAAACGUCGAAAAAGUGGACAUAAAUCAGAUUUUCGUAUUGUAGACUCCAUUUAUUUCAGAAUCGUCUGUCACGGGCGAGAGGGCCGGGAGCUCCCGGUGGAGACAGCGAACACACCGUCCCGAGACGGAAGUUGGGAGUCCGGUGCCCGCGACUUUCACGGGAGAGACAGUGUACGCACUACCUCGGUCUUGCUGGACGGAAGGAUGUCGAGUCGGCUGCGUAUUCACAGCAGAGACGGCGUACGUACCGACGCGGUCCCUCGACCUGCGGAUCGGGAUCCGGAGCAGUUUGUGAUCUUGCGAUCCGGCUGACUACGGUGGAAUCGGUGCUGUUCUCGCGGCGGAGCGGUUUUUUAUACCGCCUCGCUGCCGUUUUUCCGACAAUUGUUGCUGUCAUCGCGUACACGUGUUGGAUGUGUGCGCCGCGCGUGAGAAUCGUUUAUUGGCGCUGAGCGCCGUUUUGCGGCCGACGGAUGGUCGGUCGGCCGCAGUGUUCGCCGGGGGGAAUGCAUCGUUACAAUAUUAUUCUAUGACAAUAAGCGCAGUAAUUAUUACCUUGUAGAUUUCGGCAAUAUACGUACACAUAACGACUAACUAUAGGCUACUUUGAAAUGAACAAAAAAAUAUUUGCAUUUAAUCAUUUAGUCUAAGCAUUUUCCACUAAGAUCAAAUUAACUUAUGGUUAAUUAGUACUAAUAAUAUUUAUAUUAUACAGAUUUCAUCGAGUGCGAAUUAAUUACUCAAUAUUGUGUCGAGAGCGGUGCUUUGGUUGAGCUCGCCGGAUUGCCGGGUUCGGUAGGAAAGAGAUAUACGAGGUCUGUCCAAAAAGUAUUGCGAAUUUUGAAUUUCCGCGGGUUACGUAUAUUCGAUUU